CACCUUGAAGUCGCAACGGAAAGCAUGUCUUUAAUAAGGGUCGGAUAUUAUAACACUUUGGACUUAUGUUCUAACACUGUGUGGUAAUGAGAGAACCAGUUUGGAGACCGUACUUAGAUGGAAGCCAGUUCGUGAUUGAGAAAGAGACACUAAGUUCCAAUUGUGAUAGAUGGAUCGGGCCCAGAUGAAACUAACGAGAUUCUCUACAAGCUGGUGAAAUCGACAUCAGUUGUUGAUUUCCAACAAUGAAGCUAUCGACAAUGCGAGGACAGCUGUUUUGUAUACAAAAUACGCACUGGGUUCAUGCUACAGCUUACACCCAAUGGCAAGUCUCAAGUGCGGUUUUUUGUUUUAUUCCGAUCGAUAAGCAGCCUCUGUGAACGAUGUCCUGUCGUCAACGUGAUAAUAUAUGUUUGACAGUUCAAUUCACUUCGUACGGUGCUGGGAUAUGCUCAUGCCGGAACCAGUUCCUCUGUGGAAGGAGGUGACAGCAAUGGUUAACUGAGGACUCGGGGACAGGCAUGAUGGGAGUUCCCAGGCGGAGUAUGCACCUCUGGAACAUCUAUAUUACCCUUGUGUUUAAUAUUGUGGGACUUCAGUUCAGUUCUGGACAACUGAAUGAGAUAACGUUUAGGUUACAAGAACAGAAACCUUACGCAACAUAUGUCGGAAACGUAGCUGUUAAAAGUGACAUUGCAAGAAAUCUAUCCAAUGCUGUGUUUCAAACUCUGACGUAUAACUUCCUGAAUCCAAACAGUCUGCAAACAGCAUCUCUGUUCAGCAUCAAUAGACGGACAGGUGCCAUCCAUACUGCUGCCAUGAUUGACAGGGAGACUGUGAAAAGAAGUGACAAAGAAGUGUGUGCAUUCUUUGCUGAGUGUGAAAUCGAAUUUGACGUGACGGUACAAAGUCAGAACACUUCCUUUCUGAAAAUCAUCACAGUGAAAAUGAUCAUAGAGGACAUCAACGAUUCCCCGCCGACAUUUGUACCCAACGAAAUUAAAAUUUAUGUCUCGGAAUCAACGAACGCUGGGUCGAAGAUUCCUAUAGAAGGUGCAACAGAUAAGGACACGCCUGGGCGGAAUUCGGUUCAGUCGUACGAGAUAACGUCAUACAGGGACGUGUUUGACGUCAACUUUGUCCAUAAGCUUGACGGGAGCUCAAGCCUCAAGGUGGUCGUUAUGAGGGGACUGGACCGAGAGCUGAAGGACAGAUACCAAUUCACAAUUCUGGCCAAGGACGGAGGUACACCUUCCCUUACUGGAACGCUGACCGUCAAUGUGGAAGUCAUUGACGUCAACGACAACGCUCCCGCGUUUGCAUUGAACCGUUACAACAUCAUCGUUAAAGAAACCACUGCCCCAAACUCAGUUGUUGGAAGAGUCUCAGCUCGGGAUAGUGAUUCUGGGAAGAACGCCCGGGUGUUGUACCGCUUCAGCACUCUCAGAACAUCCAAGAUCGAGGAACUCUUCACCUUGGAUGAGACUACCGGGCAACUGAUUGUAAAGAAACCGCUGCAGUACGAAUCAGGGAAUACAUUUGAAGCUGUCAUAGAGGCCGUGGACAAGGGGGAAACACCCCAAGCAUCUCAGGCCAUCCUGGUUGUCAAUAUCAUUGACGACGGAAACACGCCACCUCGCGUGACUCUUAAUCUUGCGUCAUCGGUCGUGUACAGUGAUACUAUACUUUUGUCGGAGGGGUCAAGCAUUGGUACAUUUGUUGGCAGGGUCAAAGUUGAGGAUACUGACCCUGGUAAAAAUGGCGAUGUCCACUGUUCAUCUCUUGAUGACCAUUUUAGUUUGAACAAACUGGACGCUAAUAGUUUUGCCAUCCUCCUCUUUAAGGCGUUGGAUAGGGAGACGAAGGAUAAGCAUAAUGUAACAGUUGUAUGUUCAGAUUCUGGAAGCCCGAGUUUGUCAGCCUCUGUGGGUUUCAUCGUGCGGGUUACAGACAUCAACGACAACGCACCCGUGUUCACGUCUAGGACGUAUUUUGCCAAUGUGACUGAAAACAUCAACAGAUCAGUCAACCUGAUCACAGUGAAAGCCAAUGAUGCGGACAUGGGUAUUAAUGGCGAAGUGUCCUAUUCUCUGAGCAUGGAGGCUGGAUCAAUGUUCUCAAUUGACUCUCACCGUGGGGUCAUCAAGGCUAAUGGCGCCUUUGAUAGAGAAACAUUGAACAAAAUGACAUUUCUUGUGAAAGCUGUAGAUCAUCAUUCUAAAUCAAGAACUGGAACAGCUACAGUGACAGUCAAUAUUUUGGAUGUCAAUGACAACAGACCCGUGUUCCCUCCAACACCAUUCAAGUUCCGUAUCCCAGAGAAUCUAAGAACCGCCAAGAGGGUCGGACAACUGACCGCUAUAGAUAAAGACAUAGGAAACAACGCUGCCCUUCAGUAUAAGACCUUGACCAAUGAUCCAUCCAUUCCUUUUGUAGUAUUUUCGGAUGGUGUGAUCCGAACUGAACGCCAGCUUGACCGAGAGAUCCAGGACAAGUAUACCCUUCACGUGUUCGUCACGGACAAUGGUCAGCCACCACUGUAUUCAAACGGUACCGUCAUCAUAGAGGUAACGGACGUUAACGACAAUAGCCCUACAAUAUUAUUCCCCAAUGAUGACAACAACAGUGUCAUCCUGAUCUCAGACACCGACCCUGCUACAACCUUCACCUCAAUUGAGGCCACAGAUGACGACAUCGGAAUAAACGCGGAAAUAAUGUUCUUUAUAACAGGAGGGAACCGUGGCAAUGUGUUCACCAUUGGGAGAAGCACUGGUGAAAUUCGCCUGACGCGAUCCUUGACAACAAGUGACGAAAAAGAAUAUAAGCUGACUAUUUCAGCUCAAGAUAGUGGUUCUCCGCCACAGGAAUCGCAAACAUUGUUAAUCAUUAACGUCAACUAUACUAACAAUACGAUAGCGGCUGAUUGGAAUGCUGAAAAGAAUGCGCAUACGUACAGGAUCAUCGCUGGCAUUGUUGGCGGGGUGACAUUCAUACUGUCAAUCUUGAUCGUGUCGAUCAUACUGCUAAUACGACGGAAUGACAACGCAAGGAGAGACACAGAGGAGAAGAUGGGUGUUCAGGAGGAAUGCGGCAAAAGGGAGAUGGAGAGAAGGAUUUGGCAGGAAGUCAACACAGAAGACAUAAAGGCUGGCUUUGAGAGAGAAAAACAAGGGGAUAAGUGUUAUAAACCAAAAAUGGACAAAGAUCGUAGUUUUACGAUUGAUCCCGACCGUAACACGAGCGAUUCCUUCCUAAGUCACGCCGCCCUGGACCAGUACGGGAAACCUGAGUUCUUUACUUUUAGAAAGGGGCACGGGCCGCCAUUCAGCGAAGAUGUACGCAGUGAUGCAUCAGGGGAGACAACCACAAGCGACAGUGGCCGAGGCGGAAGUGAGGAGGAUAUUCAACUACCGCCACUCCCGGAUCUGAAAGGAUUUAGCGGCAGUCAUCAGAUAUUUUCGGUUGCUAUCGACGAAAAUGAGGAAUUUUCUCCCCAGUCCACCCCGCAAGACAUGCCGGAGAAGUCCCGCACUCUCUCAACCUUCUCCAACUCAAAUACGGCCAACAAAAUAUCGUUACCUCCAACGUCAUCGUUUCGAGACAUCCAUUCCAUUCAAGAUCCUACAUUUCGUAAUAACCAAAGAAAUCAACCAAAAGUUAGAUUCAGUACAGACAGUAUACCUAACGGGCCGAGAUAUCAAGGAAACGGAAAACACGGGAAGUUUCCGAAGGAGUUUAACGGAAGAACAAAUGUUCCUAUCAUCAGUAACGGGGAGUACUAUACGAAACACGACCAAUCCGGAUUUUCGCAUCUUGGCUCUUACCAUAGCCUCCCUCGAAGUGUUGAGGAUGACGAUAACACGACAACGUCAGGGAGUUACACGUUAAACCCUGAUGACUUUGAAGAAGUGUUCUGUGAAAGAUGACAAUAACUACUGUGAAUAGUGACAGUGCCUGAACGAAGUGAAGACAAUAUACAAGUCAUGAGGGCUUAACUGUUAAUAAACAGUUUCAAUACUGCGAUGAACAAUACAUGCUUAUUCAGCAUGACCGUAUUUCAUUCCUGUUGGUAUAUGUAAAUGUAUGUGUUCGUAUUUUGCAAAAGUUUGUACAAAUGUUUUUUAUGCAUUAUUUAUUUCGUUAAUGUGAAAAAGAGGUGCGUGAUAAAUAUGUCAUGUUACUUUGGUGACGUUGCGAUCGGCCGUGCGAUCGAUAAGCGUUCAUGCAGGAUAUCGUUCAUGCCAAAUAUUUGCUCAGAUUGUCGUUUUGUUCACUGGAAGUGUUUUGAGGAUAAUUGUCUCGCUGCGUUAGAUUCAACAUUCGAAUAUACUACUCCGUGUCAUGGUAUGAAUAAAAAACUCAUCCAGUAUGAUUGGAAAUGGUAGGAUUCUAUCCUCCUUGGUUGUUUAAUAUAAACAUACCUCUUUUCACUGAGUAAUAUUCUAAAACAUUAAUAUCAGUGAAAUAUAUUCAUUCAAAUAGUAAUCGCAGCUCCACAUCUCAUACGUCUCAAUUUAAGAAAUUGACGAAUAUGUUAUACAAUGUAAUUGUGUUCAGCAUGUAGAACAAGGAAACCCAGCAAACCAAUGGUGCUGGUAUUCUGCGUCACAUACAGUAUUUGGGUCAAAUAACGGUGUACAUUCAGUUAAAUCGACAUGUUCAGAUGCGUUGUGCAUUUAAAAAGUGACAAGGCAAAUGUUGCAUCUACUUUUGUACAUUUCAUACAUGCCGUGUACGGUGACCACACGCUCAAAGUGCCAGUAAACGAACAGAUCUUUGCUCCGUGAGUCUACAAUAUAUUUUUCUACUGUUUUUCACUGUGCUUUUUCUGUGUGGACUUCGCUCAGCUUCGUAACCCCGUUUAAUGACAAUCUCCGAAAUGUGUUGCUAAAUUGGAAUCCUCGUUGUGUUGUAUAUAAAAUGUCCCUCCCCAGCUUUCGACUUGUCUGAUCAGUGAAGUGUGACAUGUGACAAUGAAAAUACUGAAUCACUAAUUAGACGUGAUCAAUGAAAUUGUUUAUGAUUUGUGAUCAAUGUAAUAUAUAAUUAAUUUCAUUGUUAGAACAAUUAUUUGCCGGUCGAUAUGCUUGGUGAGAUACUAUUGUUAUUGUUAUUAUAAUAUUAUCCCGAAUUGUCGGCAGAACGUUUCAACAUUCAGUUUCUGGUUGAUUGACAGAUAUAUCUUUCAUCGCAAUACACCCGUCGUUAUAACUUGUAUCUUUCAACUGCAAUACAUACCUCGUUAUAACAACAUUGAUUUCUUUCUCUAUAACACCACGACACAUUCCCAAACCACUUAAUGGAGAGUGGAGAGCCAUUCUUACCUUAAAGAACACGAUAUUCUUUAAUGGUUUGUAUAAUCAAUGUAUCGAUUGUAAGGCUUCUUUUAAUGAGGAAUUGUGUAAUCGUAUUUCAGUGAUGUACAUUUCUCAACGCCUCCAUGUUUCUCUCUCCGUCCUCACACCCGCUGGGUUGUUGUAGCUAGGGUUAAGAAAUGUUUAGUGCAACUUCCACUUCUUUCGUUUCCUAUUGAACAACAACGCCCUAGUUUUCAUGUCACCCGCAGGGUUCAUUCGUGACCAGUCGUUUCAUUCCGGGACAAUCCGAAUAUCGACGUGAACCCUUCUUGUGAUAAUUGUGCUCGGAUUCGUCUCAGCGCAAAAUGGUAUGAAGAUAAUUAUCGCCGAUAAAAUUUUAUUAAUAGCACAGGGAUUUUAAAACAAAUUCUGGCCAUUUUGUGUCACAGGCCGUGUAGCUGCCACUUGGGUAUAUUUAGUUAAAAAAGAAGGGAUUCUAUUACUUAAGCACUUGUAGUUUAACAUGCAUUCAGAUUGCUUUGUCGUGUUUUGGUGCCUCUCAUCGAUCGACUGGGUGUAAGUUUCUUUCAGUUUACGGAAAUGGCCGACUGGGGACGUAUACUGACGAAUUCCUGUACCUCGGAUAAUGAUUUGAAUCAUACACUCGGUAGUUAUAGGCUGACGGAACUAAACCCAUCCAUUUUUGUAAUAUGCCAAACGUUUUCACCACACCCUAGUUUCUGACAAUAUUUUAAAGAUGGCGUCUAGAAAUGCCAUGUUGAAAAUGCAAACAUACAUGUAAUAUUGUUUUGUCCUUAAUUGAUAUAUUGGCUUAUUCUAGCGAUAGUUUCAUAUCAUGUACUUACAGUUGAAUAUAGGUUUGACUUUUAUCAGUAAAUCAGGGAAUGUUCGACCCUCAGUAACCCAGAGUGAGAUGGGGUUAAAGUCACCUGGAACAAUGUACCAUUGCGUGUCAGCACGAUUUGAUGCAGGCCACAGACGCUAACCAGUUUGGUGAAAAUCUGUGAGUCUUGAAACCAGAAAACCCGAGUCAUAGGAUUUGAGCGUGCACAAGGGAGGCAACUCUGCGCAGAUGUGGCGCUUGGGCCAGCUGUAUGACUGUAUGGCUCUACAAGUUGUACACUUAGUGCAUGCAGGAGUGACUUUGUGAGUAUGCCGAGGUACUGUUCCACGCCCUGCCAGUAUUUCAACGAUAUGAGUUAACAUAUUACACCAAUGUACUGACAUCGGCAAACACAUGGACUACUGGGCUAACCACUUGGGAGUAAUGUAUAUACCGAGUGAGGAAUGUGUGUAGGGGGUGGGAGAGGUCGAACCCAGGUCUCCAGUACAACAGAUGAUAGCAUUAACUAUAACAACUAACCUUAUGAAACCGUUUCGUCAGCACAACUGGCUGGUACAUUUCCCACUAGGCACCCGUAGGAGGACGAGGAGGUGGAAUAUGCACAAUAUUUGUUUUCCCUGCUACAACACCGCGAUCGCUCUGUGUGACUCUCGAUGUGACUCUGUGUGACUCUUGAUGUGACUCUAUUGCUGACCAGCCCCGACAGUAUUCUUGCCUUAAUAAACAUUUCAUCUCUAUAAAA